AUGACGCACGUCUUGGUGUCAAUAGGUGACCGUAGCUACGCGCUAUCCGAGACGCUACGGAGUACCGAGCUAGCGCCAAUUUUUGAUGAUGCAUGGACAGCGUCACGUGUGUGGGAAUCUAGUCGCUUUCUCGCCGAGUGUCUAGUACGUUUCUCUUCCGAGUCGCCCGCGUUUUUUAACGUCAGUGAUGGUCAAUCCGUACUGGAGCUGGGGAGUGGAUGCGGCCUUGUGGGACUCGUUGCAGCCUCUCUUGGAGCAAAUGUACUGCUUACAGAUCAACAGGAAGCGAUCGAGUUGCUGCAUCGGAAUAUUAAGACCAAUGCGACGUCUGAGAGUGAGCUAGCGCGUUUGCACGUGGCCGAGUUUGUCUGGGGCUCUGACUGGACUCCGCCUUGCAGUAGCUACCAUUACAUCCUCGUAUCGGAUUGUAUCAAUCCCAUUUAUGAUCAAGAAAGUUGGAGAGAUCUUGCACGAAGUAUAAGCAGAUUGAGUAGCCAGGAUACGGUCACGUACUUGGCACACGAAGCUCGAGGAGACGAUGAAGCGAUGACGGAUUUCCUCACCUUUAGUGCAGACGUGUUACGAAGCGAAAACAUGAAGCAGCAGGGUAAGAUCAGUCUCUAUAGAAUCACAAAGCUCUAG